GAAAAAGCAAACAUCUUUCUGAUCAUUCAAUCUUUUUGUCUUAAACCAAUUGAAUUCCCAAAAAAAAACCAAAAAUAAUGCUUUAUAAAUUCAUAAAUCUUUAUCACCUCCAAAGUACGACUUUAAUCAUCAAAUCUUGACCAGUUCUCCAUCUGAGUUUUAUCUUCAGUUCUCUGUGUGUCAGCUCAAGUUCAGAAAAAGAAAAAAUAUAUUUUUUAUCUUGUUAUUCACAAAUUGAGAUUGUUGUUUCUUUCUAAGUCUUUUUGUUUUUAUUAUAUUUAUGGAAGUCUCUUGAUUUCGCUUUAUAUCCCCCCCCAAAAAGCAUCUUUGUUUCUUGAUUGUACCAAGAAUGAUAGAUCAUCAAAAGGGUCUGGAUUUGACAGGUCUCUAAUUAGGGUUUUUAGUAUAGAAAAAAAAAAAUCAAAAAUCUCAAACUGUUGGUGAUGGGAUCUGUAACUGGCUUUUACUCAAAUCCAGUGUUUGAAUUGGAUCCAAAAUGGGUCAUUGAUCCUCAACAUCUCUUCGUUGGUCCCAAGAUUGGUGAAGGAGCUCAUGCCAAAAUUUAUGAAGGAAAGUAUAAAAACAAAACAGUCGCUAUUAAGAUUGUUAAAAGAGGGGAAUCUCCGGAAGAGAUUGCAAAGAGAGAGAGCAGAUUUGCAAGAGAGGUCUCUAUGUUGUCUAGAGUUCAACACAAGAAUUUGGUCAAGUUCAUUGGAGCCUGCAAAGAGCCAAUCAUGGUUAUAGUCACCGAACUUUUACAAGGCGGUACAUUGCGUAAAUACCUUGUGAGUUUGCGUCCAGGGCGUUUGGACACACGUUUAGCUGUUGGAUUUGCUCUUGACAUUGCUCGAGCAAUGGAAUGCUUACACUCUCAUGGAAUCAUCCAUCGUGAUCUCAAACCAGAGAACUUGAUCUUGACCGCAGAUUACAAGACUGUGAAGUUAGCAGAUUUCGGUUUAGCUAGAGAAGAAUCACUAACCGAAAUGAUGACCGCAGAAACUGGUACAUAUCGUUGGAUGGCUCCUGAGCUUUAUAGUACGGUCACGUUGAGGCACGGUGAGAAGAAACACUAUAACCAUAAGGUGGACGCGUACAGCUUUGCCAUUGUCUUGUGGGAGCUUAUCCACAACAAGUUACCUUUUGAAGGCAUGUCGAAUCUCCAAGCCGCAUACGCUGCUGCAUUCAAGAACGUGAGGCCAAGCGCAGACGAUUUACCGGAGGAUUUAGCAAUGAUUGUGACAUCUUGCUGGAGAGAAGAUCCAAACGAUCGACCAAACUUCACAGAGAUUAUUCAAAUGCUUUUACGCUACCUCUCCACAGUCUCAUCAGCACUGGAGCUUGUUCCUCCGUCGAUGAAACGCGUUUUCUCGUCGGAAAACACCGUGUUGCCCCCUGAAUCUCCCGGAACAUGCUCGUUGAUGGCUGUUGUUAGAGACGGAGAUCAGAAGUUAAACGCGGAUGCAAACUCGGCGGAGAAAGAAGUUAAAGGAAGCUUCUUCUUUUGCUGCUGCUAGUUUAGAUUUGCUUUAUUGGUUACAAAAGAAAAUGAGAUAAAGUGGUUUGGUGAAUAAAUUGUAAUGAAUGGUAAUGUAUUAUUAAGUUGUUCGGUGAAUGAUAAUAGCUUAGAGUUAUUGUUA